UAAUUUAGUAUCUGAUCUACUGUGUGCAUCUACCUGUAUUGUAAUAACACCAGUAUCUUCAGAAUUUAAAUGAAAUGACUAUAUUAAAUGAAACAUUAAGCUAUUUCCCACUGUGAAUGUGGGACCCAGUGGACCUGUGAUUUAUAAUGAUUAUUCAAUACUUAUGAUGUUCCUUCAAGAUACACAAACAUAUAGUCAAAUAUAUGCAAGCAUAUAGUUAGAGAUGCUGCAGUUAAGCACAGUUACAGACUGUCUGCUGAUCAGUAAUGCCCAAUCAGCCUGUAGCAAUGAACUUAUCCAGAAGGAGAAGGUCACUCUUUGUUUUAAUGUUUCCAAGCAGCAACCCUUUCCCUCUAUGCGGGUAAGCACUUUGCGUGUACCUGUAUUUGAUGACCCUCAAGAAGACCUGUACAAGUAUUUUGACCGCUGUGCUGAUGCCAUAGCCAGUGAGGCAGAACGGGGAGGGACUGUUGUGUACUGCAAGAAUGGACGCAGUCGCUCAGCUACUGUCUGUGUGGCCUAUUUAUUGAAGCACCAGGGUCUCACCUUGACAGAUGCCUUCCAGGUAGUAAAAAGUGCCCGAUCAGUAGUUGCGCCUAACCCAGGAUUCUGGACUCCGCUGAGGUGAAAUGAACAGGAGCUGAAGAUCAGGAGGUCGGCCAGCCACAGAUCUAACCUCUCUCCACUUUAACUUCAUACCAACAUUUCCUGAUAUGACAUUCUCAAACUUCAGGGCUUUAUAAUAAGUCUUUAGUCAUGUCGCUCUUCAAGCUUGCUGCAAAUAACGAAUACCUUAUAAUAACAAUAAUAACGAUAUGUGCCUUAAAUGAUUAUA